UAAAACAAGAGCUGUCGACUACGGGAGGAUUAUUUUUUACGGAAAAAGUAUUUAUUUUUGCAAAUUAGACGUAUUUUUAUUGUUUUUAUACAUUGUAAACCACCGAAUUAAUUAAAAUUUAGUGCAAAUAUGUUCUCAAAGAAAAAGAAGAAGCCUUUAAUAUCGAUGCCCAGUAAUUUUGAGCAUAGAGUGCACACGGGAUUUGAUAAACGGGAACAGCGCUAUGUGGGGCUUCCAAUGCAAUGGGCUAGUAUUGUAGGUAACAAUCAAAUAUUGAAGUCAACAAAUAGACCACUUCCAUUGGUGGAUCCAUCUGAGAUAACACCUACAGAAAUAUUAGAUUUAAAGACUAUUGUUCGACCUCACCAUAACAAUAACAAGGCAGAUACGACAUCAUUAAAUAGUAGCAUAGCUGCGCAAUCAACAAUUGGUGGCGGAGGAGGAGGUUUGGGAACGGGUCAACAUGUUCAUGUUAUGGGUAUGGAUAAUGGGUCCGCAAUGGGGGGUGGUAUAGUAUUACCCAAGACUUCUCAUGUGGCGAGAUCUAAUUCCUUGCGAAGUUCAAGCCCGCCCAGAGUGCGACGUGAUUUACGGGGAAAUGCUAAUGUGCCACCAGCUGUUCCGGAGGAGAGAGAGUCCAUAUCAAGUGGUGGCGGAGUUAAUGCCAUAUCAACGACAGUGCAUGGCAUGAAUUCAAACAUUUCCGGAUAUAAGCCACAACAACAAAUUGCGGGCGCAACUGCCCCCCACGGAAUGUAUGGUGGCCAACAACAUGCAAAUGGUAUAGCAGGGGGUCCUUUGGCUGUACGUACAGACUUUAGCACCCAAUCUGGAGCUGGAUCGUUGCAGUUCCGUUCUGGAGCACCACAUAUGCAUGGUCAACAAACAUCGCCAGUGGGAUCCAUUGCCAGCAAUACACGUUCAACUCAUUCCCAUAUUUCUUCUCAUUCCCAUGGACAUCACAUGAACACUAAUACAGCUAUAAUGAAUAACUUGCCCAUGUAUCCCUCACCCCAAGGACAAAUGCAUGGGCAACCACCUCCAGCUCUACCGCCCCAUGGAGCACAUCAUCAACAGCAGCAACUCUUGUCACAACAACAGCCUGGAAAACAAUUAUUGGCUUCAGACCAAAAUCAAAAUCCACAUCAAAUGCAUUUACAUGGUAAAACAGCAUCGCGAGCUUCCAGUUCGAGUGGGGGUACAGUAGGCAUUGGUGGCACAAGUGCAACUGGUGGUAGUACAGCAACAGCACCACCGCCUAAACAAGAGCCACGUCUAACACAUGAACAGUUUCGUUCUGCCCUGCAAAUGGUUGUUUCCGCUGGCGAUCCACGCGAAAAUUUAGACAAUUUCAUGAAAAUUGGCGAAGGUUCAACUGGCACAGUUUGCAUUGCCACUGAUAAAUCAACUGGUCGUCAAGUAGCUGUUAAGAAAAUGGAUUUGCGCAAGCAACAACGUCGCGAGCUAUUGUUUAAUGAGGUUGUAAUUAUGCGUGACUAUCAUCAUCCAAAUAUUGUUGAGACCUAUUCAAGUUUUCUGGUCAACGAUGAACUCUGGGUGGUUAUGGAAUAUUUGGAGGGUGGUGCUCUAACCGAUAUUGUCACACAUUCUCGCAUGGAUGAGGAACAAAUAGCUACAGUUUGCAAGCAAUGCUUAAAGGCAUUAGCCUAUUUACAUUCACAGGGUGUAAUUCAUCGCGAUAUUAAAUCUGAUUCAAUACUCCUGGCAGCUGAUGGACGUGUGAAAUUGUCCGAUUUUGGUUUCUGUGCCCAAGUCUCUCAAGAGUUGCCGAAACGCAAAUCACUGGUGGGCACACCGUAUUGGAUGUCUCCCGAGGUUAUUUCACGUUUGCCUUAUGGACCCGAAGUCGAUAUUUGGUCGCUAGGCAUAAUGGUUAUAGAAAUGGUGGAUGGUGAGCCACCCUUCUUUAACGAGCCGCCAUUACAGGCUAUGCGACGCAUACGAGAUAUGCAACCACCAAAUCUAAAGAAUGCUCAUAAGGUGUCACCACGUUUGCAAUCUUUUCUGGAUCGUAUGUUGGUGCGGGAUCCAGCGCAGAGAGCAACGGCAGCUGAAUUAUUGGCUCAUCCUUUUUUGAGGCAAGCUGGACCACCUUCUCUACUAGUGCCCCUUAUGCGUAACUCAAGGCAGCAUUAAAAUAAAAAAAAAAUACAAAAGCUUCAAAGUGAAAAUUUCUUUUAGUGUUGUAAUAAACCACUAUGGCUACUUAAUUAAAAUAUCCGUUUCCUGCCUACAGGCAUAAAAUACACAUUCCCCCCACUUACAAGAAAAGUAUUGUUCUUUUAUUACCCAAAUGUAUUCAUAUUGGCAGUACUAAUACCUACAUAUAUAUUUUU